AUGGACGUGGCCGAUGAUUCGGGGGUUAGAUUCAAAGACAUUGGGGGUUUAGAGGAGGCCAAAGAAGAAUUACAAGAGAUUAUUACCUAUUUUCGUAAUCCCCAAAUUUUUUGGAAACAAGGAGCCCAAAUCCCCAAGGGCAUUCUUUUAGUCGGACCACCAGGCAACGGAAAAACCCUUUUGGCGAAAGCUUUGGCUGGCGAGUGUAAAUUACCUUUUAUUUACCGCUCGGCUCCCGAAUUCGAAAAAGGAAUUGUCGGUUGGGGAGCUGCUGAUAUUCGCAAUACUUUUGCCCUGGCCCGAAAAUACGCCCAAGAAAAAGGUGGCUGUUUUAUUUUUGUGGACGAAAUCGACGCUAUUGCUGGCAAGCGUCACCAAUCAAUUCAUUCUCACCACGAAACCUUAAAUCAACUGCUUAAUGAAUUAGAUGGCUUUUCGCCCCGCGAGAACGUGAUUUUUUUGGCAGCGACUAACUCCUUAAACACGCUUGACCCGGCUCUUUUACGCCCGGGUCGGUUUGACCGGCAUAUUUAUAUCCCUUUACCCAAUUUCAAAGAGCGCCAAGCAAUUAUUCGUUUAUACGCCAGAAAAAAACAAUUUACUAGUGACGUUGACUGGAAAGAAAUAGCGGCUAUGACCAAGGGUAUGAGUAGUGCCCAAAUUGCCAACAUGUUUAACGAAGCCACGAUUUUAACCGUGCGCUAUCAACAAAAAGCGAUUAGCCAGGCCAUUCUUUUAGAAGCUUUUGACCGCGUUUUAAUGGGCCCGGCUUUAAAAAGCCAAGUUUUGACCCCGGAAAGCAAAAAAUUAGUGGCUUAUCACGAAGCCGGGGACAAGGAAGACGAUAUUUUAGUCAAUAAGCAAGAAAUCUUAGCCCAAAUUAUGUCACUUCUCGGUGGUCGGAUUAGCGAAGAAUUAGUUUUUGGCACUAGUUACGUUACUACUGGCAAUUAUUCUGAUUACAAAAGAGUUUCCGUAUUGGCCCGGGAUUUAAUUUUGCGUUAUAGUAUGUCCGACUUAGGAAUAAUUGCUAGCCAAGAUUCUCCUUUCUUUGGCGAAGAAAGUUUAAAUGAAUUAUCGGAAACUGCCCGGCAAAAAUUUGAAGACGAAAGCCAAGAGGAAAAUCUAGCAAUCAAGCAAGAAAAAGAAAAGCAAAUUAGGCAAAAUCAGCAGCAAAUUAUCGCCCUCCAAAAAGAAAAUUCUCCGCUUACUACUCAUUUAAAAAGCAAAACUGGUAGCGAGUAUUUAGAAGAUUAUCCAGCGGAGGAAAUUGAAAUGUAUUUAAUGAACAAAGAGGAAUUAAAAAGCACCCUCGAAAAAGAAAUUGCUAAAAGAGAAAAAGAGGCUGUUUCGCCAGAAAACAAAAAAGAGAAAAAAUACUUAAUCUACCUCAAAAGGCGCCAAGAAAGAACCGAAAAAGAAUUUUACGAAAAAAACCCAGCCGGCUAUUUUAAAGGCUAUGUAAAAUACGCUACAAACAACGAAAAACUCUGA